CGUCAACCGAACGAACAACAGCGUUCACCAUGUCUGCCGUCCGACAGUUCACCCGCACCGCCUCGCGCGUCUCCGCGCAGCUCCGCGUCCCUGCCCAGCGCCGCUUCGCCAGCACCGUCGAGAACGAGUUCAUCAAGGAGCGCCAGCACAUCAAGGACCACGCCAAGGGCACCACUGAGCUCUGGAAGAAGAUCUCCAUCUUCGGCGUCAUCCCCGCCCUCGCCCUGUCCGCUGCCAACGCCUACUGGCUCUGGAACGAGCACUGGGACCACUGGAACCACAUGCCUCCUCUGGAGGAGCGCACCGAGUACCCCUACCAGAACAUCCGCUCCAAGAACUACCAGUGGGGUGAUGGCGACAAGACUCUCUUCUGGAACGAGAGCGUCAACUACCACAACAAGGACAAGGUCGCCUAAGCGAAUCUUUAGACUGGUCAUGUGUUGGACAACUGACGGACAGCUCCUCCCGGAGAUACCUUGUACAUGUUCCCUAGACUCGAAUUGACUGAUUGUUGAGAUUG